CUCGUCACAGAGAGAAUUAAUUUAAUGGACCAAUGGAAGGACCGAUGGGAGGCUCUGCAGCUUCUUCUCGAGGUUUAUCAAUUUGCUCGGGACGCCGCAGUUGCCGAAGCUUGGCUUUUUGCUCAAGAACCCUACCUAAUGAGUGGAGAUCUAGGAGAGUCUUUGGAUGAGACGUUAGCUCUUCUUAAAAAACACCUUGCUUUUGAACGUGCCGCUGCGACCCAGGAAGAACGCUUCCACCAGCUGCGUAGACUUACGACUCUCGAAUUGAAAGCCCACGAGCGCACUCUUGAGAUGGAGGCUACAAACCGACUAGAGAAGGAGCGUCGUAUCCAGGAUGUUAUUCGCGAAUUCGCCCCUCCCCCUCCAACUGCAACAGCAGCCACUCCAUCAGUCAUUGACGGAGCUGGCGAGGUGGGCCAAAUAGCCUCUUCUCAAUCUUCUCCAUCACAUACUGACUUGAAAUCUACAGUUCGUGGGACCCAGCCGGUUGCCCAACUGCCUCUUUCACUGGUGACUGCGACUCAGCAGCAACUACAACUUCCUCCUCCUCGUGAUCACGAGGGAACCCUUACACGUAAGCAUGAAUGGGAGUCGACAAACAAGAAAGCUUCUGCGCGAUCUUGGCACGAGCUUUUCAUUAUUCUCUCAGCUGGUACUGCUACCCUAUCCGCCUAUAAGGAUCAGCGUCAUGCGCGUGAUAAGCCCCGCGAUCUUUACCACCAUGAGGCGCCCAUCAGCCUAAUCGGAGCUUCAGCCGCUCCUGCUGUUAACUAUGCUAAGCGACCGCACGUUUUUCGACUCAAAUUGGCUAACGGUGGUGAGACUUUAUUCCAGGCUCAUUCAGAUGAAGAAAUGGCUGCCUGGGUGGCUAUGAUAAAUUCUGUUGCUGCCUCUGCUGCUGCAGGCCUCCCUGCAGGCAUAGGUUCAGAAGUUUCGGGCCCAGGAGCAUCCGGUCGAGCUGCCACUCUCCCUUCGGGUUCCACCCCUCCUGGCUCUCUGUCUUCCCCUCGCAGUGGCACUGGUACCGGACAGGGUGUUGGGGCCUCCUCGGGCACGCCUGGCUCCAGCACCAUUUCCAGUCAGACGGGAGUGAGUAGCAGUGCUGUGGGGAAGAAGAAAUUCUUUACUCUUGGUGGAAAAAAGAAGUAG